AUGGGCUCCGGUGGCAGCGUCGAAGCUGCGGAAGCUGCGCCGGUGCCACACGUGCGCGUGGUGCUGCAGGGGCUUCAGGCACGCAUCUCUUCGGUGGAAGCAGAUGGAGUGGUUGGCGAAGAUCGCAUUGCCACCCUGAAGCAACAUUUGGAAGAGGCGUUGAAGGUGUGCCCCAGCGGUGUUACCGAUGUGGGGCCGCGGGCAGCUUCAGCUGUCCAGGAGCUGGCGAAGCAAUGUCUUCAAACAGCUGCUGAGGUGUCACUUAGUCAAGUGUCCGUGGCUGAGCUGCUCUGCGAGGGACUCGCGGCGUCUGCAGCGGCGGAAGUGGAACUGGAACCGUUGGGAGAAGCGCUGGAUGCCUUCGCCGUGCAGAUCAUGGUACCUCGGCCGCAAGUUGAGCCUGGAGAUGGCACGGAGCAUGUCUAUGGCGUGGACGCCUCAGUGCCGGCAGUGCAGCAGAUGUCGUGUCUGGAUGAGUUGAUCCAACCGGAAUGGAGCAUGGAACGCUUUGGGCGCCCGGGGCGGCUUUGUUUCGCGGAUUGUACACAGCCCUUCCAGCCCCAUGCCAUGGACCUACGGUUGUGCCAAGCGCUGCAGGGUGUUUGCGCCUGGCUUCUGGCCCUGCUGUUUCGCGCAGGCGCAGAGUCCCUGGAUUUGUCGCUGGAUCUCUGGGACUUCUGCAACUCCGACGCCUUGUCCUCGGUCUGUUUCGGCAAGGGCGCGCUGAGCUUCCAGCGGGCGGCCCGGGAGACGGCCUGCGUGCGUGUGCCCCAUGACCUCCCUCAGCUGCAGCAUGCCAUUCUGGGCGCCCUCUUAGGCUUGGGGGCCCCAAGGAUCGCUUUCCACGGUGCUGCAGCGACCGGCGACGUUGACAUCCAGCAGCGGCUGGAAGAACAUUUGGCGCAUUGUGCCCUCUUGACGGCUGUGGCGCAGGAGAACGGCCUUUUGGAUUGCCUACUCUCCUGCGACUGGGCUGAAUAUCCUGGGUCACAGCUGAUCCCGGCGCUGGCGCAACAUUUGGCGGACACAGUAGCCUCCACCUCCCUGAAGCUGCCGGAGUAUGAGGACGCCAUGAAAGAGUAUCUGCAGCAUCUCCGCUUGAGGUCGCAGAUCGUUUGGGAUAUCUUAUCCCUGGAGCAACAGCCGAAGCGAAGCUUCCUGCAGAACUGCGGCAAGUUGUCCUUCUACCUGACGCCCGGCAGUGGCCCGGCUGAUGCAUUGGGGCAGGCCGCCAGUGGGGGCCUGCCGGAUGCCAAGAGCCUGACCUGGACCUGCGUGAUGCUGGUGAAUGCAGGUGGGGCUGGGGGAUUUCAGGUGGGGCUGUGGGCCAAACAAAUGAUCCGAUCAAGAAACAUUAUGAGCAAGAGAAAACACAGUCAUGAAAGACUGAUUAGUGGAUAUUGA